UCAAGGAUUCUGUAACUAUUUUCACGAAUUUUAUAGUCCUAGAGUUGUUUACAUAUGUGUAAAUAAUAUAAUGGAGUAAAUAUAAUUUUUACUUACCGAAUUGCAGUAAAGUUGAUAAAUUAUUUGUCAUUUUUAACAGAAAAAUCACUUCAAAGUAAUCAAGGAAAGUAUGAUGAGACACCGAAUAUGUGAUUACAAAUGUAGAAAAUUUGUAGUUUAUGCACUAUCACGAUGGCGUCAAGCUGGCAGUACUACUGCUUACAGGUUAACUUCAAAAGUAAGGUUAUGCUUGUUCCGUAAAAUAUGUUCCGCACAACGUGAUUACGCGGCAAAAGAUUGUUAACAUCUUUAAAAUAUACCGUAAGUGUUAUCAGUGUUUACUAUAUAGAUAUAACAGUAAGCGUGUUUUCAUACUGUCUAUAGAUAAAACAACUAUCAAACUACACCUUCAAUAAACUUAAACUAAAAUCAUGACAGAUCAAACUACUGAGGAAUUAGAUCCAUCAGAUUUAGGUACACUUGAUUAUUGGGAAAAAUUUUACACGGAAGAACUCGAUAACUUCAAAGACCACGGGGAUGUCGGUGAAAUAUGGUUCGGCAGAAAUAAUUCACACAAAGUUAUACGGUGGAUUACCACAAAAUUGAAGCUUACUAAAGAGGAUGAUAAAAUAAUUGAUAUAGGAUGUGGAAAUGGAAUGACCUUGGUAGAACUUGCAAAUAAAGGUUUUACAAAUUUAUUUGGUAUAGAUUAUUCACAAAAAGCAAUUGAUUUAGCCUCUGAAGUUUUAAAGGAAAAUAAUUUAUCACAUAUUGAUUUAAAAGUUUGUGAUAUAUUAAAUUUAGAAACACAUAAGUUACCAACAGAUUUUAAAUUAGCACAUGAUAAAGGAACUUAUGAUGCAAUCAGUUUACAUCCACAAGAUCCAGCAUUGAAACGAAAGAUGUACAUAAAUAAUAUAUAUGAAAUUCUCUUGCCUGAUGGUUAUUUAAUGUUAACAUCUUGUAAUUGGACAAAAGAGGAACUGGAAGCUCAUUUUCAAGACAAUUUUAAUGUUCUGGAUGUACUUCCAUCCGAUUCAUUCUCCUUCGGAGGACACGCAGGAAACACUGUUACACAGUUAGUUCUACAAAAGAAAUGAUGAAUAAGAAAACUAAUAAAUUACUUACAUCAAAUUUCUUGCAUAUAUCUAUACUUACUAUCCUGAAAUUGACAAGGACUAAACAGCAAAUCCUGUAAUAUUUACUUAGAUUUAAAGUACAACAAUGAAGCACACAAAAGUUAGUUAGUUAUGCCAAAAAUAUAUUUUUAUAGUAAAAGUAAGUGAUUCACUUUACUAUCAUUCAUGUUAAAAUGUUGUACAUGUAAUACUUUAUGUUAUAAAUUCCUUUUAUUUAAUUAUUAUAUAUAUUGUAUACAGUUAUGUCGAUAAGUAGUGUGUCAUUGGCAUACAAAAUUGUUGCACAUGCUUUACUGCUCGAAAACAUUAAAUUACUCCAUUCUAACAAUUAAAGAAAGAGAUUUUCUGAUUAUAUAAAUAAAUUCAAGUAGUUAUAAAUAUGUAAUUGAAUAUAAUCGUUUAUAGAAAUAGAAGUGACUGCAAAUUUUGUUUGCUAUGUUAUCUUUGAAACCGAAGAAGAUUUGUUAUACAGUAUACAUCACACGAAAAUUAAACAAGUGAUUUCAAAGCUUUCAUCAUAUGUAUAUAUACAACAAGAUUUGUAUUAUUGCACUUCUUACUUACAUUGUGCAAUAUACAUCAAAUCAAUAAAUACCAAAUAUAUACAAAAUAGAAAGUAGAGAAAUCAUUGAAGGAAGUCAUAUGUCUUUGUUAGGGCCUAUUGAACUUGAAUCAUUGGAUAAAUUAUAGUAUAAUAAUGAACAAUAAUAAAUCAUA